UCUUGGUGCGCUGCGCGUCAGUAAAGUUCCUGAUCCGCCGCAGACAGCGAGCGGUGCGCAAAACAAACACCCGCUUCAUCCCAGAGGCAAAGCAGGAAAGAAACAUGCGCAAUCAACGAUUUCACAGGUGCAACUGAACACGUGCAAAGAGAUGGCAAAGCGCCGAAAUGCUGCCUGAGCCCGAGAGCCAAACACCGGGAGGCGAAAGAGGACGAGGCUGUGAGGGCGGAUCUCCUGCGGGGCUUCAAACCACCUCAGCGCUCCGUGUCAGGGAGUGAGAGACCGGUGCGGAGGGGUAAGGAGGAGAACCGGAGAGGUGGAGGAGAAGUGGAGUGGGGAAAAUGCUCAAAGUUUGGCUGCGUCGCCUGGAAGUGCCAUCCCGCAAAGUGUCCACCCGCAACAGCUGCAGAAAAGGGAGCAUGAAUUGAACGAAGAAUGCAUGUCGUUUGGGAUAUAACUGUGAUUCUGCAAACAUAUAUCAUCUGCACGUCAUCAGCUCAGCCUAUAUCAUCCAAGCUUGAUGAGGGUUGGUGGGCGUAUAAGGAUGUGGUCCAGGAAAGCUUUGUUCCAGUUCCAUCCUUCUGGGGUUUGGUGAACUCGGCAUGGAACCUGUGCACCAUCGGGAAGCGUCAGUCUCCCAUCAACAUCGAAACGAGCCACAUGAUCUUUGACCCCUACUUGACCCCUCUGAGGCUCAACACAGCGGGACGCAAGAUGGGGGGAACCAUGUACAACACAGGGAAGCACGUGUCCCUGAGGCCGGACAAAGCCCACCUGGUGAACAUUUCUGGGGGCCCGCUGGGGUACAGCUACCGGCUCGAGGAGAUCCGCCUCCACUUUGGUAGUGAGGAUGCCCAGGGAUCAGAGCACGUUCUCAAUGGGCAGGGCUUUCCUGGAGAGGUCCAGCUCAUCCAUUAUAACCAAGAUCUGUAUGCCAACUACAGUGAAGCCGUUAAGAGCCCUCAUGGCAUCGCUGUGGUCUCCAUAUUCAUUAAGCUCUCCGAAAACUCCAACACCUUCCUCAACCGCAUGCUCAAUAGAGACACAAUCACCAGAAUCAACUAUAAGCAUGAUGCUUUCUUAUUGAUGGGCCUGAACAUAGCUGACCUUUACCCGGACACCACACGUUACAUCACGUACGAGGGCUCCAUCACGAUCCCUCCCUGCUACGAGACGUCCACGUGGAUACUCAUCAACAAGCCUGUCUACGUGACACAGAUGCAGAUGCACUCCCUGCGCCUCCUCAGCCAGAACGAGCCCUACAAGAUCUUCAUGAGCAUGAGCGACAACACGCGGCCCACUCAGCCCCUGCUGCAGCGCUGCAUCCGGACCAACAUCAACUUCAGCAAGCAGGGCCGCGACUGCCCCAACAACCGCGCUCUCCGCCCACAGUACAGAGUGAAUCAGUGGCUGCUGAAGUAGGACAUGAAAAGAUGUUUGGCUGCAGUGUCCCAAGAGGAGAGGCGGGACAAGUUCAAACGUUCAAACAUAUACAGUAUAUACACUAUUUCAAGCUGCAAAUACCAGCUGACAACUGGAAGAACUUAAUUGCAGCUGAGCUCAACCGAUCAAACUCCAAACACGUUGCUGUGUUGGCCUCCUGCACAUCCACAACCUAAACACAGUUCAUGCAGGCCAGCACAGCGAUGAUACGGAUCAGACUUUUCAUUCUGUGAGGACUCUGUACUCACUUUAUUUAUAAUUUAUUUAUUGUGCGCUCACAAAGACUGUCAUUCAUUCUCUGUGUCUGGUUUUCAGAGGGAUGGUGUUAGCUAAGGACUCUAUAGUAUGUGCUCAUCACCUGUCCACAUUCAAAUCCUGGCUUCAAGGCAAUAAUGAAGAUUAUCAUUCUGACUGGGGAAUUUAUUACUUUUCACUUGAUGGUGUAAAGUGUACACAUAAAUACACAGCUGUGUUAUAGUGUAUGAUGUUAAAAUGUGAG